GGGUUUCACCAGAAAAGUAAGGUAAUCUCGAGAUCGAUUGCAUCCUCCAGGUAUCGCCCAGCCGAUCGAUUCUAUCGAUCGCCAUGGGGUGGAAGCUCGGUCGCUCAUGGAAACCUAAUUAUUUGUGCCGCCCAGGCUGUGAUCGCGCAUCGGAGCUACAUCUUGUUCAAAGCUCUCCUCUCCGCCGUAGGCCCUCUUUGAUUGCAUUGCUUAGAACAGGGUAUAGCUACCUGUGGGCUCUGGAGAUUUCCUUUUUGAGGAUGAAGGCUUACAGUAGCAGCAGCAACGGGCAGCACAAGAAGGCUUACAGCGGCAGCAGCAACGGGCACUACAGCAAGGCUUACGACGGCAGCAGUAGCAACGGGCAGGACAAGAAGGCCUACGGCGGCAGCAGCAACGGGCAACACAAUGUGUUCACAAAGGAAAAGCCCAAGGAGGUGGACAUUUUUGCAAUCGAGAACCCUGCCGAACUCAUACGAGCAAGGUACCAGAUCAUAGGAACUCAUCGUCCGGGUGAGAAGGAGGGAUUACUCAUCGACCAAUGCAGAAAAUGUAAGGAGAGAGGCCACUGGGAAAGACACUGCAAGGGGCCUGGAGUGGAUCCUUUUGCUCAUGAACAAAAGAAAUGCUACCUCUGCCUAGCGAAGGGACACGACACGUAUCAGUGUUCAAGAGAUCCCCUGCGAAAUGAGGACUGGGCAGAGAGGACUUACACUGGACCAAUGAAGAGACUUGAUCAACAGGUGGGUUAUAUCGUCCAGGGAGCAGACUUCCCGCAAUACCAUCCUCGUUUCUGCGUCCAACGGAUUGAAUACGAAAACCUCAAACGGAUCUGCAAAAAACAUCCAGACUUGGGAAUCUUCAUUGUGCCUCGGCCACCCUGCCCUCUUGCAUCUCAAAUCUGGGAAUAUUUUCAGCGACUGGAUGAAGUUUUAUACGAAGCAGGCCUAGGCUUCGAGUUUUACAGAUCCGAUGAAGAAGUGCCUCCAGGGUAUGACCGGUAUGCAGCUGCAGAAGAAGCAUAUAUUGAAGAAUUGAAAAAUGAAGCGAAGCAUUGAAAGGUGAUGUGUUUUAAUAAAGUAAUAGAAUAAGUAUUAUAGA